UGAAAAUACAGACAACCAAGUGAAGAAGCUUGGCAUCGUAUUGGUUAAGAAUGGCCACGUGGCUUGAAUUGAGAAGGAUGGGUAGUCAUCUUAUCUUAGCGUUUAGGGUGUCAGGGGACCAAGAUAGCUCUUCAAGAAAUAAGAUGUGAAUAUUUAAUGAAUUUAGUAUUUUUCAAAUAUGAUUUUUAAAUGGAUCCUGUUUGCAGUUUUAUCUGCAUCACAUAUCAACCAGGUUGAGAAUACGAUCCGGGAUGAAGAUGAUGGGAUCCAAACUCUUGAGAAACGACGAGGGGAAUCCCAUUAUUUGAUUUCGAAACCGCAGCUAUUGACAUUUCUUGCUCGUACAAAUGCAGAAGCAAAUAACAGGACGCGUAAACAUGGUUAUAACUUUAGCGAGAAGCUCAAAAGGUGGAGGGUUCGUCGCGGAACGAAAAAAUCCAAGAAAGAUAAGAAAGUCUACAUACAUGUAGAACCAGUGAUGGAAAGUCCCUAUGCUAUAACAGGAGGGUUUGAUUUAAAUGGAAAUAUUCAGUGUAAUUGGACUGCGAAAUCAAGGUCUAAUAUAAAACUCUACACUGAUUCGCCACACAUAGGACGGCGACGUGGCUCAAUCGAGACUUACAUCGGCAUUCAAUACACGAGAAAUUAUUACAUCUACGGGCAGGUAUUCUUCCACGCUCAGAACAUUGAGAUGGGCCACUGUUUGUACGUGGCUGACACCUAUGAGCGUCCUUGUAAAAGUAUCAGCUGUAGAGAACGACCUGUAAUGUGUUCACGGUCUGCCCCAGGACAUCCAGAAAGUUCAAAUAUUGUGGAGAAUUACAAUACAAACUAUAUAGGUGGCGUGGUUAGAUUAAAACGAGGUUCCACAAUUCGACUGGGGGUACUUUCAGGCCAUCAUAAAGACAUGGCAAGAUCUGUUAAAAUUGAUAAUUCUACAUGCUACUUUGGGGCAUUUGCAGUUUCAUAGAAAUUGUAUAAGGUUAUUGCGUUACCAUAUGGCCAAUGUCAGAAACGUACCUGGAAAUCAAAAAGAGAGGAGGGCAAAAUGUUGAGCCCCAAAUCUGAAAAUCUGGGCCCAAUCUCUCCAAAAUUGCCCAGUUUAUGUGGGGAGAAGCAGAUUUGGGGCUUAACAGUUUUUUUGAUUCUCAGGUUUGGAGCCCACCAAAGGAAGGGGUGGGCUCCAAAUCUAUACUCAGCUCCCCCCCCCUCCAUAUCCGCCACUGAAUGCGCUCUGUAUGGCAUUAAAAAACACGAAGUACAUACACUCUACAGGGUGGGCCAAUAGAAAGUGAAAGAAUUUUGAACGAUUAUCCAUACAGAGAAAGUACAUUGGAACAAGUUCCUUUUCACCCAUAUAGCUCUUAAACUGCCUUUUAAUAAGUUUUGGUAUUUUGGUAAGUUAUUGCGUCGAAUUUAUACUUUUCAGAAAUGUGCCCUCUAGAUACGAUACUCUCUUUUCAAUUUGUAUAUACUGUAUUGGAUUGUUCACUUAUUGAAUGUCUCUUUUCAGUAAUAAAAUUUGAAUGAACAUCAAAACAGGCAAAAAAAUAUACAGAUAGGUAUAUUUCGCAGAAGUUUUAACACAGUUUCCACAUAAUGUUUACCCUCAUUUGUUAUUUGCAAUAUCGACCAUUGAAUGUGUUUUAAUGUCAAGAGGG